AUGGAAGAGGUUUCAGCUGGCUGGAGAUUCGGAAUUUGCCAAGUUAAUGGAGAGUUGCAUGCUAGUCUUAACCAACAAAAAACCGACGACAAUGACAGCCAUCCGAACCAGACGCAGUCGCGGAAACGACGACGCUCCUCAAGUCUACACUCCGAGAAUGCCGUUAGAGAUUCCCUGGCCUCACCGCGUUCAGCGUUAUCUGGAGUAUCAACUGCUAGUGACGAAACCAAAGUCCAGGAAAAAUACUUCGUGUCCGAGACUUCCAACUCGGGGCCUCAACCAUCGCAGCACGACUACCCAGCGGGUGGCCUUCAAGAACAAAGCCCUGUCCCGUCGAUUGACCGACCCACAUGGAACAAAACAUCUUCAUCUAUGACAUCCGGCUCUGUUAUAGAUCCCUCGCCAGCCCCACAGAACCACGCACCUGGAAGCAACACACCAACAUCCCUGCAGUGCCUGCCCAUCAACUCAUGUCCCACGCUUGAUCCACUUGACAUGGAUGGUUGGGCUGGAAUAUUUCAGAUUCAGAAUUUCACAGUCGAUCCCACCGAAUACGAUCCCACUCACGAUGUUCAUGCGCCUAGCGACGAUCCAGUGGUUUGUUCUCCCCCCUCUGGAGUAUCUGGCGGGCCGCGAGUGCCUGCUCUGAUAAACCAAACAGCGGCGCCAGAUUUAUCGGAUUUUCGAACAAAAGGAUUUGUACACUGGAACGAUGAUUUUGCCGCUGAAGCAGCCGAGGAUUUGCAUAAAUUGGCCUACUUUUGGGGCUGCGCGGGAUUGGACAUCCUUCGGUCGAUUUUGGCAAAUCAACGGUUACAAAUCUUCCUGCGAGCCUGGUUUGGACCAGGGCCGUAUAUGGUCAGGCACUGUCUAUGGUGGGGGGAUAUGGCAGGCGACCAACCUCUCCAUUUGAAGCGGAAUACAGCACAAGACGGCCAAUGCUUGGGUUUGCAUAUUUUAACCAGAAAGACUUGCGUUCGGUAUUUUGCCGGGUCGCAUGUAGAAGAUUGGCCCGCAAGUACAAAGCUUUGGUUUACAAACGAUGAGAAGGGGCUUCAAGGUUUCAGCAAAAGCGAGCCAAUAUCGAAUGGAUUUACACUGUUCGACCCCAGAAUCAAUCAUCAAUUCGAAAGCGGUGACGGCUUGACCAUCAUAUUUGGGAUGCCGAAAGCGUUGUUUGGUGGAUGGAAGGGGUUGCCAAUAACGAAUCCACACAUGAGCGGGAUACUUGAAAGAAUGAAGCAGGAUAUUGGUAUUUGCUGGAACUUGAGCGAGCCUGGCCGGGAUAACGUCAGCAUCUGAAUAUAAAAGCUUAGUAAGAAUAUUCUCCAUACAUUUAAGUAAAUGUGACCUGGAAAUUAUCCUGCCGCCCCACAAGAUGGGCAAUUCCCGCCUUUGAUCCCG